AGAAUUUUAAGAUUAAACUGUAAACUUGUUUAGUUAAAAUCUCUAAUAAACUCUGCUGAGAGGCAGAGACUAAAAGGAUGAUUGGCAUUUCUGUUCUCCAAAGAAAAAAGAAAAGGAAAGUGAUGUACCUUCCAUUUGUUUUAAGCAAAGAAUAAGAGAAAGUUGAUUGCUUUUUCACUUUAAUUUUGCAUUUUCUCUGCUCUGCUCCAAAGCCAGGUUCCUUGCCCUUGUUCAUAGCAAUGAAUCAAUAAAGGUUGCAGAUAGGGAAAGAUAGGAAAGAAGAUGAAAUAUACAAGAUUUCAAUGCUGUAAUUCCUUAGGUAAUAAUACCUAUCAAAAGCAUAUCAUUCAAAUCAGUCAUCUUGGAGAUAUUUUCAACUCUUUGGUUGUCAUCUUUCCUAUAAGAAGAAAAAAUGGUUGAGGCUUUUGUUUCCUCUGCCAUUGAAAGAAUUGUUGAUGUACUUGUUCGUGAAGCAAGUUUACUUUAUGGCGUGCGGGAUGAAGUUCAGCAGUUGCAGACUGAAUUGAACAGGAUUCGGUGCUUCUUGCAAGAUGCAGACAGCAAACAAGAUCAAGAUGAACGUGUUCGCAACUGGGUAGCUGAAAUCAGAGACAUUGCAUAUGAAGCUGAUGAUGUUAUUGACUCCUUUCUUCUUCACAGAGCUCAAACAGGCUCAAGAAGAAGGGUAUGUGGGCUUAUCAAGAGGACUACCUCCAUUUUCAGUGAAGUUCCUGAUCUCCACGAAAUUGGAACCCAGAUCAAAUCCAUCCAAGCUAAGAUUGUGAGUGUCUCUGCAAGUAUGCAGAAUUAUGGCAUCAAACUUGAUGCAGAAGGAGAAGGGUUAAGAUCUAAAAGUGAAAUGCAAAGGCGAUUGAGAAGAUCAUAUCCACAUGAUCAGGAAGAUGAUGUUAUUAGCUUGGGGGUAACCAUCAGGAAUGUGAAAUCUCAAUUAUUGAUGGAGGAAGAGCAACGCAGAGUUGUUUCUUUAGUGGGUAUGGGAGGGUUAGGUAAAACUACCCUCGCUAAAACGAUAUACAAUGAUAUUCAUGUGAGGCAGCAUUUUGAUUGUUUUUCUUGGUCUUUCUUAUCUCAGCAAUUCUCCACAAGGGAUGUUUUGGUUGGUAUUCUGAUGGAAGUUGCAUCUAAGCAGGACAAAUUUGAGUUGGUAAAACUGGAAGAGGAGAAACUUCUUCAAUCGAGGUUGGAGAGGAUAGAACAUGACGUGGAUUCAAUGAAAGUGCAAGAUUUGUCUAAAGAACAAAAGAAACGGAUAAAAGAAGAACAGUUGUCUGAAUCUAUUUUCAAAUCCAUGUUGAAACAAGAGAAAAAGAUAGAGGAAGAACAAUUGUUUAGAUCAAUGAUGCAACAAUUGAAAGUAGAACCCAUGUUUAAUUCAAUGUUGGAAAGGAUGAAAGAAGAAAAACUAGUUGAAACACUUUUCAAAGUGUUAAAGAGUAAGCGAUACUUGGUGGUUCUUGAUGAUAUUUGGAAGAAUGAAGCUUGGGACAGUUUAAAACAUGCUUUUCCUUCAAUGGGCAAGAAAGGGAGCAAAGUUUUAUUAACCACCAGGAACAAAGAAGUUGCUUCUUAUGCAGAUCCAUGGAGCACUCCGGUGGAACCAUCUCUUCUAACAAAUGAUGAGGCCUGGCAACUUCUCAGCAAGAAAGCAUUCCCAAGAGCUAUUCUCAUCCAACAUGGUUGCCCACCAGAACAUGAGAAGCUGGGAAGGGAAAUGGUGAAAAAAUGUAGAGGAUUGCCUUUAGCAGUUGUUGUACUUGGAGGUUUAUUGGCAACAAAGAAGACAUUGAAGGAGUGGGAGGCGGUGCUCAGAAAUAUUAAUGCACAAUUUGUCAAGUGGGAACAAAAUCAUCAGUAUGGAGGAGUAUAUGGCAUAUUAGCUUUGAGCUAUCAUGAUAUGCCUUUCUAUCUAAAACCAUUCUUUCUCUAUUUUUCUCAAUUUCCAGAAGAUUGGGAGAUUCACAAGAGGGUAUUGAUUCGGAUGUGGAUUGCUGAAGGAUUUGUGCCACAAGCAUGGGCAAGAGAAGGAGAAGAAACCAUGGAAGAUGUAGGUGAGCAAUGUCUGGAAGAGCUUGUUGGCAGGUGCAUGAUUCAAGUUAGUCAAAGGGAUCACACUGGAAUAGGCAUCAAAAUAUGUCGUGUUCAUGAUCUGAUGCGAGACAUGUGUAUUCUGAAAGCUAGAGAGGAGAAUUUUCUUGGGGUUUUUGAGCACUACCGCAAGAAUAUUGUGGCACGAAGAAUUGCUAUUCAUCCUAAAAUAUCCCCGGAAUUUGCUGGACAGUGUUCUGUACCAUUGCAGCAAGGCAGUUAUUGGGGCCUUCGUUCUGUUUCCUACUUCCCGGAAGAGCAAAUGUAUUGGUUGACAAAUGAUCAGAGAAACCAUCUCUUCAGAGAGUCUAGAAUGCUCAGAGUAUUGAAUCUUAAGGGUGUUAGUGUUGGAAAUCUACCAAAUGAAAUUGGUGAUCUGAUUCAUUUGAGGUAUCUUGGGUUAAGAAAAACUAAAAUACUAUCUUUGCCUAUGUCCAUAGGUAAGCUGAGGAGACUAUGUACUCUUGAUGUACGAGAUAAUCAUUUAGUCAGGCUGCCUGAAGUACUGUGGAAGCUAGAAGAUUUGAGACAUUUGCUGAUAGACCUGUAUAAUAAUAUUCUGGGGCAUUGCCACAUGGAUACGUUGAGAAACCUGGAGACUUUGAGGUGGGCAGAUUGUCAGAAUCUAGUUCUGAAAAAUGCAAUGCAGAAUUUGACCAAUCUACAAAACUUAGCAAUCAAGUUUGGGAGCCGGAAAGUAAUUGAUAAGGUUAUGAAAUCUCCAAUUUUCUCAACAGGUCGUCUUCGUUCGUUGAAAAUACAGGGAAAGCAAAGCUCAUUUCCAAACUUGGAGCCGCUUUCUCGUUCUCAACGUUUGACGAAGCUAGAGUUGCAUGGAAUUAUACCAGAAGAUCCAGAGUCCUUAGGAUAUCUACCAAGAAGCAUCACCAAGUUAGUUUGGAGCAAUUCUCAGUUAAUGCAAGAUCCCAUGAGUUUUCUGGAGAAGCUGCCUCAUUUAAGGUUUCUAUACUUGGGGGAGGAUUCAUACAAGGGGACUAAAAUGCUCUGCUCUGCACAUGGAUUUCCUCAACUAGAGAUUCUUGAACUUGAAGGGCUUGCAGCGUUACAAGAAUGGGAAAUAAAGGAAGGUGCAUUGCCAUGUCUCAAGAUUUUGCGUCUAGAAAAGCUGGGGAAACUGAAGAUGAUCCCUGAAGGAUUAAAAUAUGUCACUACGCCUAUCACUAAUCUCCAAGAAUUGAAAGUCAUUAAUAUGACAGAAACAUUUGCCAAGAGAAUUAGAGUCAUAAAUGGAGAGGAAGGAGAGGAUUUUGAGAAGGUAAGACACAUACCCUCCAUCUCAACCUGAAACUUCCCAUGACAAUCUACCACUCACCAUGAUUGAUGAAUUGGUAGCUAUUCCUGAAUACUUUGGUUUUUUUUUUUUUUUUGUGACGAAUAAUCAAUAUAGGUAAUGCAAAUUCUUUUAUUGUAAUUCAGUUGUGUUACUUAUCCAAUGUAUGCUCUUCAGAAAACUUUGAUAGACAAAUAAAUGUGUUAAGAAUCAGCUGAGUAAUGCAGAAUUGUAGCAGCCUAAUCUUGUGCUGCUAAAC